AUGGGUUCAGCUCGCAAACACGACAGAGCUCGAGGCAAGGACAAGAGCAGCAAAACCACGUCGGUACAACCUGCGCCUUCUGUCACGAAGGUACACGGGUGUCCAGUUCCCGAUCCUAUACGCUGUUUUAUAGGAACACCUCUACCAGUUGGAGAUGAUGGAGUGAGAAUGGAAUGUUCGAAUGAGAAAUGUCCAUUCGCUGACGUCUUGUUACAUCAAAGAUGUUUUGAAGCCUUUGAAGAUCAUUUAAUCAAACUGAUUGGUGGUCUUGGGUCAGCUAAAGGAUGGACUCCAACGAUGAGGCGUAACAACCUCUGGGUCCAGAAAGGUCAAUCCCUUAUCGCAAAGGCAUGCCGGUGCCGUUGUGGACUUGGGAUUACAAAGAUGGACAAGUUGGCUGCUGACGAUCGAUCAAAACGUGAAAAGGCUGAAGCGCAACGCGAAGCCGCUCUGGCUGCUGGAUUGCCUGCAUUGCCUCCGAAAAAGAAGCGUAAGUCAAAGAAUGCUUUGCCGACACUGAACUUUGGAGUCGUGAAAGCUGCACCGAAACCGCCUGCUGAAGAACGAGAAGCACGUGCCCUGUUACGAUGUCAAGGUGCGAAAUUACGUGAUGUGUCAGCAUCAUCAUUAUCUUCCACUCCCACCAGCUACCUGUCAUUUGAGUCGCGGAGGGAAUCAUUCACGUAUGCAUCUGAUGUUUGGGGUUUAUUACCAACGUUUCCGUCUGGUCCUGAGCCUCAGUCGGUCAUGUCUGGCCACUUCGCAGAUCCUGCUAAUACGAGAGUCACUAGCACAGGGAACGAUCUCACUCAGGAAUGCCCCAGUACUAAUGAGCUUAUUCCUGCACCACUUCCACCACGGCAAA